AAAAUGUAUUUAGACCCAUUUAUUUUGUUACUUUACAGCCUUAUUCUGAAACUGAGUAUUAAAAUAAUCUCAAUCGACACACAAUACCCCAAAAUCAAAGCAAAACCAGGGUUUUAGAAAUGUUUGCAAAUGUAUUAAACGUGACAUUUAAUAAAUAAUUUACUUAGUGGUUGUGCUGUUGGAAGGUGAACCUUCACCCCAGGCUGAUGUCCUGAGCGCUCUGGAGCAUGUUUUCAUCAAGGAUCUCUGUACUUUGCGCUUUAAUCUUUCCCUCGAUCCUGACUAGUCUCCUAGUCCCUGCCACUGAAAAACAUCCACACAGUAUGCUGCCGCCACCCAUGCUUCGCCAUAGGGAUGGUGCUAGGUUUCCUCUAGACCUGGCGCUUAGCAUUCAGGCCAUCGUGUUCAACCUUGGAUUCAUCAGACCAGAUAAUCUUGUUUCUCAUGGUCAGUCCUUUAGGUGCCUUUUGGCAUACUCCGAGCAGGCUGUCAUGUGCCUUUUUACUGAGGAGUGGCUUCUGUCUGGUCACUACCAUAAAGGCCUGAUUGGUGGAGUGCUGCAGAGUUGGUUGUCCUUCUGGAAGGUUCUUUCUCCAGAAGAACUCUGGAGCUCUGUCAGUGUGGCCAUCAGGUUCUUGGACACAUCCUUGACCAAGGCCCUUCUCCCGAUUUUUGCUCAGUUUGGCCGGGCAGCCAGCUCUAGGAAGAGUCUUGGUGGUUCCAAACCUCAUCAUUUUAAGGAUGAUGGAGAUCACUGUGUUCUUGGGGGAACUUCAAUGCUGCAGAUGUUUUAUUUUAUUUAGUACCCUUCAGAUCUGUGCCUUGACACAAUCUAGUCUCUGAGCUUUACGGACAAUUCCUUCAACCUCAUGGCUUGGUUUUGCUCUGACAUGCACUGUCAGCUGUGGGACCUUUUUAAUAUACAGUGCCUUGCGAAAGUAUUCGGCCCCCUUGAACUUUGCGACCUUUUGCCACAUUUCAGGCUUCAAACAUAAAGAUAUAAAACUGUAUUUUUUGUGAGGAAUCAACAAGUGGGACACAAUCAUGAAGUGGAACGACAUUUAUUGGAUAUUUCAAACUUUUUUAACAAAUCAAAAACUGAAAUUGGGCGUGCAAAAUUAUUCAGCCCCCUUAAGUUAAUACUUUGUAGUGCCACCUUUUGCUGCGAUUACAGCUGUAAGUCACUUGGGGUAUGUCUCUUAUCAGUUUUGCACAUCGAGAGACUGAAUUUUUUUUCCCCAUUCCUCCUUGCAAAACAGCUCGAGCUCAGUGAGGUUGCAUGGAGAGCAUUUGUGAACAGCAGUUUUCAGUUCUUUCCACAGAUUCUCGAUUGGAUUCAGGUCUGGACUUUGACUUGGCCAUUCUAACACCUGGAUAUGUUUAUUUUUGAACCAUUCCAUUGUAGAUUUUGCCUUAUGUUUUGGAUCAUUAUCUUGUUGGAAGACAAAUCUCCGUCCCAGUCUCAGGUCUUUUGCAGACUCCAUCAGGUUUUCUUCCAGAAUGGUCCUGUAUUUGGCUCCAUCCAUCUUCCCAUCAAAUUUAACCAUCUUCCCUGUCCCUGCUGAAGAAAAGCAGGCCAAACCAUGAUGCUGCCACCACCAUGUUUGAAAGUGGGGAUGAUGUGUUCAGGGUGAUGCUGUGUUGCUUUUACGCCAAACAUAACGUUUUGCAUUGUUGCCAAAAAGUUCAAUUUUGGUUUCAUCUGAUCAGAGCACCUUCUUCCACAUGUUUGGUGUGUCUCCCAGGUGGGUAGUGGCAAACUUUAAAUGACACUUUUUAUGGAUAUCUUUAAGAAAUGGCUUUCUUCUUGCCACUCUUCCACAAAGGCCAGAUUUGUGCAAUAUACGACUGAUUGUUGUCCUAUGGACAGAGUCUCCCACCUCAGCUGUAGAUCUCUGCAGUUCAUCCAGAGUGAUCAUGGGCCUCUUGGCUGCAUCUCUGAUCAGUCUUCUCCUUGUAUGAGCUGAAAGUUUAGAGGGACGGCCAGGUCUUGGUAGAUUUGCAGUGGUCUGAUACUCCUUCCAUUUCAAUAUUAUCGCUUGCACAGUGCUCCUUGGGAUGUUUAAAGCUUGGGAAAUCUUUUUGUAUCCAAAUCCGGCUUUAAACUUCUUCACAACAGUAUCUCGGACCUGCCUGGUGUGUUCCUUGUUCUUCAUGAUGCUCUCUGCGCUUUUAACGGACCUCUGAGACUCACAGUGCAGGUGCAUUUAUACAGAGACUUGAUUACACACAGGUGGAUUGUAUUUAUCAUCAUUAGUCAUUUAGGUCAACAUUGGAUCAUUCAAAGAUCCUCACUGAACUUCUGGAGUGUUUGCUGCACUGAAAGUAAAGGGGCUGAAUAAUUUUGCACGCCCAAUUUUUCAGUUUUUGAUUUGUUAAAGUUUGAAAUAUCCAAUAAAUGUCGUUCCACUUCAUGAUUGUGUCCCACUUGUUGUUGAUUCUUCACAAAAAAAAAUACAGUUUUAUAUCUUUAUGUUUGAAGCCUGAAAUGUGGCAAAAGGUCGCAAAGUUCAAGGGGGCCGAAUACUUUCGCAUGGCACUGUAGAUGUGUGUGUGUGCGCCUUUUCCAAAUCAUGUCCUAUCAAUUGAAUUUACCACAAGUGGAAACAGGAUGCACCUGAGCUCAAUUUAGUCUCAUAGCAAAGGGUCUGAAAUACUUGUGUAAAUGUAAUUCAACAUUGUCUGAAUACUUUCCCAAUGCACUGUAUAUACCUUAAUAUUUAAAUUGUGUAAGUUUUAACUUGCAAUCCCUUUUAACGAAGUCAUAGUAAAGUAAGGUUGAGAAACAAUACCCACUGCUAAUUCAGUCAUAUUUUAUUUUUGUGUGUGUGUGUGUAUAUGUGUGUGUGUGUGUGUGUAUAUAUAUGUAUGUGUGUGUGUAUGUAUGUGUAUAUGUGUGUAUGUGUAUAUAUAGCACGCUCCAUUUGGUAUUUCCUUUUAGUUAGGAACAUAUUUCACGCCGAGGAUUCACUAUAAACAUGAUGCCAGUUAACAGGAAGGGUAGUGGGCCCAAAUAUAUGUUGAAGGUGCAUUCUGCCCUCAAAGUAUUCAAAAUUGAUUUGUUUUGUUCUCACCCAUCUAUACACUAUCCCAUAAUGACAUGUUUUUACAACUUUAUGAAAUGCAGCAAUAUUCCAUUUAAAUAAAUAUUCACACCCCUGAGUCAGUAUGUGUUAGAAUCACCUUUGGCAGUGAUUACAGCUGUGAGUCUUUCUGGGUAAGUCUAAGAGCUUUUGACACCUGGAUUGUACAAUAUUUGCACAUUUAUCUUUUUAAAAUUAUUUGAGCUCCGUCACGUUUGUUGUUGAUCAUUGAUAGCCAUUUUCAAGUUUUGCUGUAGAUUCUAAAGCAGAUUUAAGUAAACUGUGACUAGGCCACUCAAGAACAUUGUCUUGGUAAGAAACUACAGUGUAUAUUUGGCCUUUGUGUUUUAGGUUAUUGUCCUGCUGAAAGUUGAAUUUGUCUUUUGGAAAGCAGACUGAACCAGGUUUCCCUCUAUUCCAUUUUCAGUCCUUGCCGAUGACGGGCAUACCCAUAACAUGAUGCAGCCACCACCAUGCUUGUUGUUGGAUAUUCCCCAAACAUAAAUGUAUGUCCUGAAUACAAAGCAUUAAGUUCUUUGACACAUUUUUGGCACUUUUACUUUAGUAAAACAAGAUGCAUGUUUUGUGUGUAGGCCAGUGACAUCUACAUUUGAAUACAUUUCAAAUUCAAGCUGUAACACAAUACAUGGAAAAAGUAAAGGGGUGUGAAGGCACUGUACAUCACAAUAUUGGCUGCACAAACCCAGGUAGCAACAGUUAUGUUGUUGGUAAAGAUUUUUUUUUUAAUUGUUGAGUUUUACCUUCCGUAUAUCAUAUUUACAGUGACGUUCUCAUGACCAGAGAUCUCAAAGCUGUAAGUUAAGCAUUUUCCGGGAAGGAUAAUUUUUGCUCAGUUUGUUUCAACAUAGGGGUUGGUGUUAAUUACACAGGAAGUCUUUGGUCACACAGGAAGUCUUUGGUCACGGUUGCAGAAAUAGGAAAAAUGUUUUAGAAGAAUGAAACAUGAUAUGCUAUAAUUCUAGCCAGCACUUGACAUCAUACGGUGUAUUGGGAGGAGGUUAAUGAUUUCCUGAACAUUUUACAUGAAAGUUUGCCACAAGUGGACUCUGGAGAAAAAGUUCAAAAAUAGCUGGACUACGUCUCUAAAAAGGUCGAGUGAUGCCAACAUUCUUUUAGUGGUGCCUUCACAGAGUGACUUUGAAGAACCAUGUCUGGCAAGAAGUCAAGAAAAGUGAGAAUGGGAUCAUCACGUCAACCACGUCAGAAUCAAGAUGAACAUGAGACUAACAAAGAUGAUGAUGGGUCCCAAAUGUUGUCAAAGGAAAGGAAAGUAGUUGAAGUUGGGGCUGAUUCAGUUUCAGUGAUGCUUCAAACGGACCUUGUUUCAUCAGAUAACUUAUCAACAAUAACACAACAACACACAGAAAGAAAUAAUCCACCAUUAAAUUACGUCACAGAGUCACAUCUGUCUCAACCUGUAAACCCAUAUCUUCUAAAAUCACUUGACACUGCAGGGAAGAGAAGGAAAAUGGGGUCUACUCGUCAGAAUAAAAGAAAGCCAGAGGAGACAGACUUUGAGGUGAUACAAGACACCAAAACUGGAGACACAGAACAAUCCCUAGAACUUCAGGCAUCCAUUGCAGUUGUGGAAUCUGAGUCCCACAGCAAAGGAGAAGAGUGCCUGGGUCCUAAAGAAAGUGAAAUGAACACUGAGAGCAGAAGUCAAAGUGAGUUUCUUUUGUUUGCUUCUAACACACUCAACCAACCGGAUGAGAGAUGUAAAGAGGAAGUUGGUGAGGAUACUGAACCAAGAACUAAAACUGUGGUUAGUUAUGGCAGUGAAAUGCUUCAAGAUACUCAUGGAACCAAAUCACUCUUGCAUCUGCCCCUAGACCUUGCGCUAGAAGUUGUUCAUGGAUUCGCUUCUGAACCCAUAACAGAGGAGUUGAAGAAAGAGGAAGAGAGGAGGCAGGAAAGUGAGCAUGCCGAGGUGGAGUCCUCCACAUUUCACAGCUCUAGGCAUUCAUUAGAUCAAUCCCUUGAGUCAGACACUUUAACCAACACAGAAGAGUUUGAGUCAUUCAAUAACACAAUAAUCCUCCAAAGUGGAGAAGGUGACGAGAAACUUGAACCUGCUGUAAAUGAGUCAGAAUUGCAAGAUUAUAUUAACUCUACUGGUCCAGGCAAUCAGGAAAAAUUGCACCAAAGAGAUGAAGAUGAGAACUUUGUUGACCUAAUAGUUGAGGAAAAUAUAGUACUGGCAAAUAUAACUCCUUUUAGACAACCAGACCAUGUAGAAAGCAUUGAACCUGAACAAAGUGAGGAUAUGACCUGCUUUUUACAAUCAACCCCCUCAGACAGCUCUUUGGGUCGUGACAAAAGUGCUCAAUCAGAAUCCAGGAGAAGAAAGAUGGGUUCAACUCGCAGGAAUUCUAGAGGUAGACAUGAGGAGAACGAACAUGGAGAGAGUAAGAUGCGUAGAUAUAGUUACCUCUAUGAUGAGGGAGAAGAGGUCAUAUUAGGAAAAGAAGAAAUGCUUGGCAUCGAAGAGACUGAGUUUGAAAUAUCUAUGGAGCCUAAAGAUAGCGCCACUGUAGACGAGAAAGCAGGAGAGCAGAUGGAAAAGGAGAAUUUCCAAACAGAGGAAGACACAGAAAACAUAGGAGAGACAGGAAGGAGGUUGGAAAGGGACAUGGGAACAGUGGAAGGAUCUGGUGUUGAAACAUCGGAAGAGUCUCUGUUGUUAUUGGAACCGGAGCAUGGAGCAGAUGAGGAGAAGAAAGGAAUGGAAGAAGAACGUCUGAUUGAACCCACCCCUUUUGAUCAAUACAUCGAUUCAUUUGGUAUUGCAGAUCAAGUAUAUAACCAAGAGAAAGGCAACAGAUUCACUGUAGACUCUGUCAAUACAGAAACUGAGAGCAACAAUGAAGCAAGCAUGGCCCACAUAGUUGACCCAAUAGAGCCCUUCAGUGUUGGACUGGACCAAUCAGGAGUCACUUUACUCAGGGAGGAAGAAGUUAGUGAUUUCACACUGCUUGUGAAUAAUUCUGAAGUGAUCAAGUGCAGCCAAAUAGCAUAUGAUUGUUCUCUUACACUGGAGUCAGAUGACACUUUCAGCACUGAUCCCAAAAUCUCUCCUAGUCAACUCAUCCAAACUCCAUGUAUGGAAAUCACUAACCCCUUUCUCAAACCAUUAUUACCGCAGAGUAUUCAGGGGAAUGAGGAAGAUAUAAACACUGACCCCAAUACCACAGGGGGACUGGACACAUCAGAGGUCAUGUUACUCAGCGAGGAGGAAAUGAGUGAUCAUGUGCCGCGUGUAAACAAAGUGAGUGUCAGUAGCCAAAUGACGUAUGAUGAUAGAACUCUCACAACAGAGCCCUGCCAAACAGAUGAGGCUUUGAGCACUGAUCCCAAUAUCUCUGCUAGUCAACUCAACCAAACUCCAUACUCGGAUGAAAGCCAUAACUCUUUUCCCAAUUCACUCUUACUGCAGAGUGUUCAGGACCAAGGUGAUAACGCAGAAAACAUCAACUCCAGUCAGAGUCCUUCUCCGAGCAGGAGGAGAAAGAUGGGGUCGACUCGUAGGCAUCCUAGAGGUGUACAAAGAGAAGAGGAGGACACAGAGGAGAAACAAGAAGUGGAAAUAGAAAGCACAGAGAUAGAAGACAAGAGAGAAAACAUGGAUCCAGUGGAAGGUUCUUGCAUGGAGUUUGAAAUGUUGAUGGAAUCUAAGGAUGGAGCUGGUAAUGAGAAGAAUGAAGGAGAAGAGAGAAAUGAGGAGACUGUCCUGACUGACCUCAGCUGUUCAUUCAGUCCUUCAAAUCAAGAGGGAAGAAACAAAGAGGCUGACAAUAUAGAAAGUGAGAGCCAAACAAUUAUAAAGGAAUCAAUGGCAACAAAACUCUUGCUUCUACGUGAAGUAGAGUUGACUCAGAUUAGUCAAACUCUUCACAACACUUACCCUGAUGUUCCUACUAUAGAGUCAUAUGACUCCUACCUGACCGUUGACACACUGAACUCAAAUCCUGCCAUCACUGGUUUGCAACACAAAGGAACAUCAUUGGAGGAAACACUUGAUGAAUCAAGAGGAAACACUGACUCCCCUCCAGAUCCACCCUCACUGCAGAGUUCUCUUGGGUCAGAGGAAACAGCAGAGGUAGAAUCCUACACUCCAGGAAGGAAAAGGAAGAUUGGUUCCACUCGCAGCAAGUCUCAUCCAGGUAGAAAAGGAGAGGAGAGAAGAGAGGAGGGACAGGAGGAGGAGAAAGGAGAAGACACAGAUGUUAUAGGAGAGGUGGGAGAUGUCAUUACAACAGCAGAAAUGGAUUCUAUUAUAGAAAAGACUGAGCUUGUAGAGCUUGAGGAACUUCUAGAAAAAGUGACAGAGGAGCAGGCGAUAGGAGACCCAGCGAUCAUAGUAGUGGAGGGAGAGGUCAACAUAGUAGUAGAAGGAGAAUCUGGCAUCGAAAGGUCUGAGCUUGUAGAACAUACAGAAAAAGUUCAAGAGGGGGAGGAGAUAGAAGUAGAAGUGAAAAUAGUCGCAGAGAGCGAGAGCCACCAAACUCCCUCUGACACAGCCGCUCUUACAGUAGAGGCCCAAGAGUCAUGUGACAUGGUUUGUAUAGAGCCAUAUAUAACAUCACAAUACCUGGAAGACAAUAAUCACUCAUUAAAUGAACUCACAGAAAUAAAUCUGUCUGAAACUGAAAACCCAUAUCUGCUGGAAUCACCUGACACUGCAAAGAAGAGAAGGAAAAGGGGUUCUACUCGUCGGAAUAAAGGUAAACAAGCAGAGACAGACUUUGGGGAGAAACAAGACACCAAAACUGGAGACACAGAAAAAUCCCUACAACUUCAGGCAUCCGUUGCAGUUGAGGAAUCCUGGUCCUACAGCAACACAGAAGAGCUCCUGGGUCCAAAGGAAAGUGAAACGGACACUGAGUGUCUUUUGUUUGCUUCUAACACACUCGACAAACCGGAUGACAGAUGGAAAGAGGAAGUUGGUGAGGAUAUUGAACCUGGUAGUGAAGCUGUAGUUAGUUAUAGCAGUGAAUUGCUUCAAGAUACUCUUGGAACCGAAUCACUCUUGCAUCUGCCUCUAGAUCUUGCGUUGCAAGUUGUUCAUGGAUUCGCUGCUGAACCCAUAACAGAGGAGUUGAAGAAAGAGGAAGAGAGGAGGCAGGAAAGUGAGCAUGCCGAGGUGGAGUCCUCCACAUUUCACAGCUCUAGGCAUUCAUUAGAUCAAUCCCUUGAGUCAGACACUUUAACCAACACAGAAGAGUUUGAGUCAUUCAAUAACACAAUAAUCCUCCAAAGUGGAGAAGGUGACGAGAAACUUGAACCUGCUGUAAAUGAGUCAGAAUUGCAAGAUUAUAUUAACUCUACUGGUCCAGGCAAUCAGGAAAAAUUGCACCAAAGAGAUGAAGAUGAGAACUUUGUUGACCUAAUAGUUGAGGAAAAUAUAGUACUGGCAAAUAUAACUCCUUUUAGACAACCAGACCAUGUAGAAAGCAUUGAACCUGAACAAAGUGAGGAUAUGACCUGCUUUUUACAAUCAACCCCCUCAGACAGCUCUUUGGGUCGUGACAAAAGUGCUCAAUCAGAAUCCAGGAGAAGAAAGAUGGGUUCAACUCGCAGGAAUUCUGGAGGUAUACAUGAGGAGGAAGAACAUGGAGAGAGUAAGAUGCGUGGAUAUCGUCACCUUUAUGAUGAGGGAGUAGAGGUCAUAUUGGGAAAAGAAGAAAUGCUUGGCAUCGAAGAGACUGAGUUUGAAAUAUCUAUGGAGCCUAAAGAUAGCGCCAGUGUAGAUGAGAAAGAAGGAGAGCAGAUGGAAAAGGAGAAUUUCCAAACAGAGGAAGACACAGAAAACAUAGGAGAGACAGGAAGGGGGUUGGAAAGGGACAUGGGAACAGUGGAAGGAUCUGGUGUUGAAACAUUGGAAGAGUCUCUGUUGUUAUUGGAACCGGAGCAUGGAGCAGAUGAGGAGAAGAAAGGAAUGGAAGAAGAACGUCUGAUUGAACCCACCCCUUUUGAUCAAUACAUUGAUUCAUUUGGUAUUGCAGAUCAAUUAUAUAACCAAGAGAAAGGCAACAGAUUCACUGUAGACUCUGUCAAUACAGAAACUGAGAGCAACAAUGAAGCAAGCAUGGCCCACAUAGUUGACCCAAUAGAGCCCUUCAGUGUUGGACUGGACCAAUCAGGAGACACUUUACUCAGGGAGGAAGAAGUUAGUGAUUUCACACUGCUUGUGAAUAAUUCUGAAGUGAUCAAGUGCAGCCAAAUAGCAUAUGAUUGUGCUCUUACACUGGAGUCAGAUGACACUUUCAGCACUGAUCCCAAAAUCUCUCCUAGUCAACUCAUCCAAACUCCAUGUAUGGAAAUCACUAACCCCUUUCUCAAACCAUUAUCACCGCAGAGUAUUCAGGGGAAUGAGGAAGAUAUAAACACUGACCCCAAUACCACAGGGGGACUGGACACAUCAGAGGUCAUGUUACUCAGCGAGGAGGAAAUGAGUGAUCAUGUGCCGCGUGUAAACAAAGUGAGUGUCAGUAGCCAAAUGACGUAUGAUGAUAGAACUCUCACAACAGAGCCCUGCCAAACAGAUGAGGCUUUGAGCACUGAUCCCAAUAUCUCUGCUAGUCAACUCAACCAAACUCCAUACUCGGAUGAAAGCCAUAACUCUUUUCCCAAUUCACUCUUACUGCAGAGUGUUCAGGACCAAGGUGAUAACGCAGCAAACAUCAACUCCAAUCAGAGUCCUUCUCUGAGCAGGAGGAGAAAGAUGGGGUCGACUCAUAGGCAUCCUAGAGGUGUACAAAGAGAAGAGGAGGACACAGAGGAGAAACAAGAAGUGGAAAUAGAAAGCACAGAGAUAGAAGACAAGAGAGAAAACAUGGAUCCAGUGGAAGGUUCUUGCAUGGAGUUUGAAAUGUUGAUGGAAUCUAAGGAUGGAGCUGGUAAUGAGAAGAAUGAAGGAGAAGAGAGAAAUGAGGAGACUGUCCUGACUGACCUCAGCUGUUCAUUCAGUCCUUCAAAUCAAGAGGGAAGAAACAAAGAGGCUGACAAUAUAGAAAGUGAGAGCCAAACAAUUAUAAAGGAAUCAAUGGCAACAAAACUCUUGCUUCUACGUGAAGUAGAGUUGACUCAGAUUAGUCAAACUCUUCACAACACUUACCCUGAUGUUCCUACUAUAGAGUCAUAUGACUCCUACCUGACCGUUGACACACUGAACUCAAAUCCUGCCAUCACUGGUUUGCAACACAAAGGAACAUCAUUGGAGGAAACACUUGAUGAAUCAAGAGGAAACACUGACUCCCCUCCAGAUCCACCCUCACUGCAGAGUUCUCUUGGGUCAGAGGAAACAGCAGAGGUAGAAUCCUACACUCCAGGAAGGAAAAGGAAGAUUGGUUCCACUCGCAGCAAGUCUCAUCCAGGUAGAAAAGGAGAGGAGAGAAGAGAGGAGGGACAGGAGGAGGAGAAAGGAGAAGACACAGAUGUUAUAGGAGAGGUGGGAGAUGUCAUUACAACAGCAGAAAUGGAUUCUAUUAUAGAAAAGACUGAGCUUGUAGAGCUUGAGGAACUUCUAGAAAAAGUGACAGAGGAGCAGGCGAUGGGAGACCCAGCGAUCAUAGUAGUGGAGGGAGAGGUCAACAUAGUAGUAGAAGGAGAAUCUGGCAUCGAAAGGUCUGAGCUUGUAGAACAUACAGAAAAAGUUCAAGAGGGGGAGGAGAUAGAAGUAGAAGUGAAAAUAGUCGCAGAGAGCGAGAGAGCCACCAAACUCCCUCUGACACAGCCGCUCUUACAGUAG